AUGUGGCGGCUGAAAAACGCCCCCAAAGCCAGUGUGGCAGUGGACUGGCACAAUGUCAUUUGCUGCAAUGAUGUGGUGCCCUCCAGCUCCAUCAAUGCCUUGGAGAAGCUGGACCUUGCUGGGUAUACAGAUCGUGCGAAGGCAGCCCAAGUCUACCCGGUGGAGCUGGUGGAGGCCAUCCUGAGAGGCCUGCGGAGUGAGAUGAGGAAACGAGGACAGAUCAAUAGCGUGGAGGAGAUGCUGACGGGAGCCUCGCCGGACGAUUGGGUGGACCAGGAGAGGGAGAACCAAGAGGUGGACGAGCUGUUCAUGGACGACUCGUCGGGGACGGUUCUGCCAGCCGAGCUUGUGAGAAAGGCGAGAGCUGAGGAGUUGGACUGGCUCCGAAAGGAGGCGGUCUACGAAAGAGUUCCGAGGAAGCUCUGCGAGCAGAGCGAGCAGAGGAAGCCACUUCAACUGAAGUGGUUAGAUGUGAAUAAAGGAGAUGAGGAGAAUCCGAAGGUGAGGAGUCGGCUGGUGACGAAGGAGAUCAAGAAGGCGAAGAGGCCAGAUCAACAACUAGGCGCGGAAGACACCUUCGCCGCAACGCCGCCUGUAGAAUGCGUCAUGAUGAUCUUGAGCCUGUUCAUGUCGCAGAAGGGCAUCAAGAAGAAGAGGAAGCUGGCGGUGUGGGACAUCUCCCGGGCGCACUUCAUGGGCAAGGCAGAACGGGAACUGUUUGUGGAGCUCCCGCAGGAAGACUUGGUGCACCCGGAGGAUGAGGAGGCGAUGGUGGGGAGACUCCUGCGGAGCAUGUAUGGCACGCAGGACGCGAGCAAGAUCUUCCAGAUGGACUACCAAGGUCUCAUGGAGAAGGAGAAGGGCGAGUUCAGCAAGCUGUGCCCUGCGCUGUUCAAGUUUCAGGAGCGAGGCAUCAUCGGGCUGGUGCACGGAGACGAUUUUCUGGUACUCGCGGAGGACGACCAGCUGACCUGGAUGGAUGGCGUCCUCAACAGCAAGUACAAGGCCCGGUGGGAGGCGACAGUCGGAGACGGGGAGCUGGACGGCAAGGAGAUGUUCUUUCUCAAUCGGCUCAUCAGGUACGUGGCAGAUGGAACGGAUGGAAAACGCUUGGAGGUGGAAGCGGAUGCGCGGCACGCGGAGAUCCUGAUGAGGUCGUUUGGGUUCGACUCCAAGACCAAGGGCAGCGACAUCCCGGAGGAUAAGAUUCGGGAUCAGGACAUCAUUGUCGAAGAGCGCUCCGAGACGUUGGACGAGGCCCAGACCGGUGAGUUCAGGUCUAUGACUAUGAGGCUGGCUUAUCUGAGCCAGGACAGGCCGGAUGUGAUUCACGCCUCGAGGACGUUGGCGUCGGCCAUGAAGAGCCCGAAGAUGGGUGAUUGGCUUCGGCUCAAGAAGGUGGUGCGGUACCUGCUGAAGUACCCGUAUAUGAAGAGGACCUUCUUGGAGCAGAGGCCUGAGGAGGUGGACGUGCUGGCCUGGUCCGAUUCGGAUUGGGCCGGAGACCUGAGGACGAGGAGGAGUACCACGGGAUCGGUGGUGAAGAUUGGGCAUCACACGGUGCUGAUCAGAGCCGCGGGACAGAAGGUGGUGGCGCUGAGCUCUGCCGAGAGUGAGUUCUACGGCAUGUGCAGGACAACAACGCACGCGGAGUUCAUCCGCGGGGUCAUCAACUUCUGGGGCUACGCGGUGACGAGAGUCAUGCUGAAGGUGGACAGCACGGCGGCUCGGGCAAUGAGCCUUCGGAAGGGUGUGGGCAAGACGCGCCACAUCCAGGCGAGGUUUCUUUGGCUGCAGGACAAGGUCUUCGCCAAGGAGGUCGCGGUGGUGAAGGUUGAUGGGAAGGAGAAUGAGGCGGACCUGGUGACGAAGGUCCAGCCGGCCACGAUGAUCAAGGGGACGCAGCUCUUUGGUGUUGUUCGACACGCAGAGCGCGCGGACGGGGUCUUUGCAAUCUGGGAGGGUACGCGAUGGUGCAGCUCUGACGAUGGGCGGAGGUUUCCGCUGGACCCACCACUGAGUGAUGCCGGCCUUGAUCAGGCCGACGGCAUGGGUCGGCGCAUCAGCAGCUUCGCGGAGCAGAAGGGUACCUCCUUCCAUGUGGUGGUUUGCUCGCCCUACGCGCGAUGUGUGCAGACUGCGGUCAAAAUUUGCAAGCAGCUAGGCAGGGACGAGCUCGGAGCUCGUAGCUGGGGAGAUCGACGUGGGCUGGGUCCAAAUUUGGAGCGCCGUGGUUGGAGUCCUUUUGACUUUCAGUGUGAGCAAGCUUGCUCUGAGGCUACCCAGUUGUGA